AUCCCUGUCCUCAUCUGCUCCCUGUUAGGGCCUGGGCCUUCCUUAGAGUCCGUGUGGGGUGGGAGGUCCCUGAACUCAGUUGUGGGAGUUGUGGCUGUAAGGUCUUGAAGGUAUCUGGAGCAAGUGUGGGCCAGGUGGCUGCCAGCUAUAGGUGCUCUGUGGAAACCGAGGUCCCUGAAGGCCUAUCACUUCCUUGGGGAUUCUGACUCAGGUUUUGAGAAAAUCUGAUUGACUUGGGCUGCGGGGUGGUCACUUUCAUUAGCUGUGAUGGGGGCAGGGCAGGGCAGUGGGGAGCACUGUAGCCCCUUGCAGAAGAUCCAACAUUCUGCUCCAUCUGUAGUUAGCUGGGAUUGUGACAGAGAAGGCAGUGCAGGGUUUGUGGUGCAGGAGGAGGUAGCCAGCAGGGUGGGUCCCCGUUUUUCUCCUGACUGACAGGGUGCUUGCUGUGUGCCCUGCUAUCCUGGUGCAUAUGCACACCUGGUGUGUGUGCGUGUGUGCUUUCAUGGGUCAGAUGUGUGGGGUUUGGAAUUUUAUUCGUUUUUAAAAACCAACUAAACAGAUUAACUAAAUCAAUGAAGUGAACAAGCCAAAAUGGUUGGUUAAUUAAUUCAAUCAGCUUAUUGAUUGAAUGAAUUGAUGAACUUGUUAGAGCAGAUGAGUGAGAAUCUGAGAGGCCUGCAGGAGGCAGGCCCUGGAAGCUGACUAGGAAGCCUGUCUGCCAAAGGCCUGGUGAGCAGUGACAGUGAUCAGAAGCUGAGAAGAUGUGCCUGUCUUUUGUAGCCCUGCACCUGAGGGAAGAGCUGUCAAAAGUCAAAAAGAAGGACUUUGAGCACUUGCUGAUGGAGGUGAUGCAGAUCUGGGACUUUCUGCUCCGGAUCCCCAAUUAGGAAGUCCUGGAGAGUUGCUCCAAGUUGAAGAUUGUCAACAAAUUGAGUCUCCCUGCAUCCCUAGUGGGCCUCAGCUCAGGGGUGUGUAAUUCAUUCAUUGCUGGUUCAGCCUAGAUGAGCAGCUACUAAGGAGUCCAGCAAGCAAGCAUUGCAUGCCACAUUCUCUCAGCCACUUCUUCAGUAGAGUUUUCUGGGUCCUGAUCUGUACAGAGGGACAGGCAAUGGGCAGGUUGUUCCUACAGUACCUGAGGAUGCUGGACAAAGAGCUCAUCCCCGUGGAUUUCUGUGGGGUUGCAAUAUACGUUCAGCCAUUACUUUUGUUCUCAUUUGCAUUUUUAUGUGGAGAAUUUUUCGAUAUGUGACGAAUGCAGUAUUGGUUCAGCCACGGAUUUGACUGAGAGCAGCUCCAUGGUGGAUGGGGACUGGACGGUGGUCGAGGAGAAUUUCUCCACGCUCAGUCUGACUCCGUCCGAGCUGGAGCACAUCUCCAUGGAGCUGGCAAGCAAAGGCCCUCAUAAAUCCCAGGUCCAGCUUCGGUACUUCCUGCAUAUUUUCAUGGAGGCCGGAUGUUUGGACUGGUGCAUUGUCAUUGGCCUGAUUCUGAGAGAAUCCUCAGUAAUCAACCAGAUUCUGGCUAUUAUACAGUCUUCAGAGGUGGAUGGAGAGAUGUUACAGAACAUUAAGACGGGGCUCCGUGCUGUGGACCAGUGGGCCUCUACGGAUUGCCCUGGAUAUAAGCCAUUUUUAAACAUGAUUAAGCCUCAACUGCAGAAGCUCAGUGAGAUGACGGAAGAGCAAGUUGAGCCUGACGCCUUCCAGCCAGUAACCACAGGCAAGACCACGGAGCAGGCCAGUCCCCGGGCCGAGGAGCGCAGGGGAUCCUGCAGCCACGGAGCCGUCCCGCAGGGCGAGGCGGCGGGGACCAGUGCAGCCAGCCGCCAGGAGGACGACACGGCUCGGGCAGAGCAGGAGGAGCCCUUUCAGGAUGGGACUUACGACUGCUCUGUGUCCUGACCGUGAGGCGACGUGUGACAAGCAGUAUUAGCAGCAGCUGAGUCCACUGUGUCCUAGUUGCUGACGGAUGACUUAAAGGGGAAGAGAACGCAGGGGCUCAGAGUCUCUUUCGUAAAGUAUUAUUAGAUUUUAAGUAAGAAAUCUCCGACUCCAUAAAAAUGUGAUAUCAAAUAAAGCAUCUUUCAUAAAAAAUUUCUUAAGCUGCAGGAGAAAUACAACAUGCUGUACAUACGUACAUUAGCAGAUUUGGGCUUUAUUCACAGGCUGGUAGCUCUUAAGGGAGUGCUUGGCCCCGGUGAGCUUUUGACUGCUUAGAGCUUCUCGCGCUUUUCCCUGGUUGACUGUGUGUGCUAAGGUGCUUGACCGGGUCCGAGCUCACUACACUCCCUGCUUGGCCCUCCCGAACAGAUGCCUGCCUUGGCACAGCACGGGGACGCGCACGAGGGCCGUGGAAAGCGGAGUUCCGGGAUGUUGGUUUUGGUGCCGCGGGGGCCUCCAAAAGCCGUGGAAACUGAGUGUCAUAACACGUGAACGCCAAGGGUGUCUGCACCAAAACAAACCUUCUCCGGUUCCGUUCUCCAUGCCCGGCUUGGCAGCUCCCCUGCCCGUGUCAGCGUGAGCCGUUCUCCUUUACCGUUGGCAGCCCGUCAGACCCCAGUCCUAUCCGUGCAGGCUGUCCACACGGAGCGAGGGUGCCCGCUGGAGCGAGCUUUGUUCCUCCUAGAUCAGUGUGGGCACAGGCUGAGGAAUUCUCACCAAUUCUGCUGGUAGAUGCCACUAAACUGUUUUGUAUCAAAAAAUUGUACCUUUUUGUGAAUACUCUUGGUGUAAAUAAAUCCAAAGACACUACUCAUAUUUUUAGCACUUGUAUUAUAAUUUGUAAGGUUUUAUGCUGGAUUCCGCAUGCCUAUAAAUACUUAGAGAAUUAUAGCAACAGGGCUUGUUUUUCUUUCCCAAAAAGAGCGGUCUUCAUAAAGACAGACUCCUUAUUGGCUCAGCUGGUCAUAACAAAAUGCUCACACUGAUCAUGAAAUGGAACAGAUUUUUGUGCAAAUUAACAUAGUUUACUAUUUAUUGAUUUUGUAAAUGGAAUAAAAUGGACUUUUAUGUAAAUAGACUGCUGAACCUUAUCACGGCUACUAAAAAUUAGUCUGUAAAGAAUGCAUCCUUCAUUGUAAACUUUAGAGUAUUUUAUGUAUUUGUAGAUGACAAAUUUGUUUUCAUGUUGUGAAAACUGCAUAUUUCAUAAUUGGUUCAUACUAGUCACCUAUCCUCCACUGUAUCUAAUUACCUUAUAACAGUAUUCAUUUAGAUAGCUUGUUUGUACUGUGCAAUUUGAACAAGGAAUGCAAUGUUAUUUUUUACAAAAACUUAUUUUUGUAACAACAUAUUUGAUAUGGACCAAAUUCGUACCACUAUGUUUAAAAAAAAAAAAAAGCCUCUUCUCACAGUGCAAUUCCAGUUCAGAAACAAGGCCUGGUCCUCUCGCUGCCCUGGAAAGGAAAUACCCGGAUUCAGUUCUUAGCCCGUUUCCUUUGAAGGGAAUUGAAACUAUCUUGAAUUGUUUGGUUCAUAAUUCAUCAAACUCUUCAAAAUUACUGAUUUGGGGGAAUUGACUGUCAUUUACUUUUUACAUUAGAAGUGCAAUAAUUUCACACCAUAAAACUCCUAAUGGAUCAAAUAUGGUCUUAUUGGUACCUGGUCCUUCUGGUGCUACUGUUACUUAAGUCAGCUUCAAACCACCUUUCCCUGAAUGGCUGGAAGGUCAGUGUUUCCUGAAUGAGUCCAGGCAGCCCAGCCAGAAAAUAAACUGACCUCUCUUCUCCUGCCCCGGUCCGUCAGAGGGAACCAGCAUCACUGUCGUUUGCUGCAGAUCCUCAUUUAGUAACAGCUGCACACAGCUGGCUAGCUCACACCAUGCUGCCGCCGAGGUCACCCUGCGAGCAGCGCCCACAGGGUGACUCCUGCGGUGGAGGCCGUGAGCGAGUCCCUUCCUCUGUGAAAUGUUGGCUUUCAACUAAUAAAUAGGCCACAAGGGAAGAAAAUUGGUAAGUUUACAUGUUCUAUUUAUUAGAUACUUUGAAUUCUUUGAAAAACUCAUUUUUACCAUGUUGUUUGGUUCACAUCAAUUGUUUUAAGCCAUCAUUUUAACCAAGGAACUUAAAUAUUACUAUAACUAUUUGAAUUUUAGUGCAUUCAUGUCAAUUAUUUGUUGAUACCAAAAGAAAUCAUCUAAGGGGAGAGUCAACAUUUGCUUGUAAUUAAAUUUGUUGCUACUUCUGUAAUUUGUAUUUUUUUUAAUAAGGGCAAUAAAAAUGAUUGCACAAA